UUUACAGUGUGUACUUCUUUCUCUGCAAGUUCCUGAUUCAGGGUUUAAUAUUAAUUUUUUUUUACCUAUUUAUACUUUAUGUUGCUCAUGCAAUGUGGCAUUAUUCGUGACUGCGCGUGAUACUGUAUAAAUUAUACUGUUUGUCACGUGAAUAUCACAUAUUGCGGCUUGGCCUUGGAGUCGAAGCGGAUCACUGUGAAUAAGGUCUUGAAUUGCAUUUUAAAUUCUCAGGAUGUCCGGUAAGGUUUAUGGAGUUGCCGUCAUUGGGUUAGGGAAAGCUGGACGUGUUCGAGUGAGAGAUCUCCUACAGUAUACGUCACACGGUGAUGUACAGUGGUGUUUGAAAGGAUUCGUGUCGAGACGAACGCUGGAGAUUGAAGGGGCGAAGCAGCUCACAGAGGAUGAAGUGGUUACACGAGAAGACGUCGACGCCAUUUUGAUUUGCACAGAAAACGGAUUACACGAACGAUUGGUCAGGAAGGGGCUAGAAAAUGGGAAGCACGUCCUUUGUGAAUACCCUUUGGCUUUGUCAUUAAAGGUCGCCAAGGAGUUUUUUGAGAUGGCGGAGAGAAAAGGCGUUAUCCUUCACGAAGAAAACAUUGGACUGUUAAAUGACUACAAGGAACAACUGGAACAGAGCACUCCAUGGAAACAUUGCGACAUUACACUGAAAGGUAGUUACAACGGGUGGGUUGAAGAUCACAAAACCUCAGGACCACCUUUCGUGUGCAACGUUUCACUCAUAGAAACCGCCUGUCAUUUAUGUGGUGACGUCAAAGCGGUGGGCGGGACUUACAGUGAAAACGAGGACAGUUUCCAUGCUACAGCACAUUUGGAAACACCAGACAAGAGAACAGUCACCAUAAGUUUGAGGAGAUUCAAGGAGUCUGACGGGAGGGAGAAAUCCAUUAUAUUUCAGUUACAAGAUGGAACGGUACUGAAUCUCAGACCUUCAAAAACACCAGGUGCAAAACCAGGAUUGUUUAUGCGAGAUUUCUAUAACUUCAUGGAGGAGGUGACGAGUGGAAAGAUCGACCAAGAAAUGAAGGACAGGACAUUGCGAUCUUUUCAGAUAGCUGAGGAUAUCCAUCGUAUCAUUAUGCCCAAGUCUAACUUCUGAAUAAAAUACAAUGUCAAGUUUUGUAUUUAUGCUGAAUCUUGCGAAUUAAAUCGAUCAAUACAUAU